GCAUUGCUGUGCAACUUCGCAGAUGGAUGCACGCCGGUGCAAUGUGUGUGUGUGUAUGUGUGUGUAUUGGUUAGCAGAGAGGGCGCAGAGCAGCUGAGGCGGUGCUUGACAGGAGGGAUCCUCGCACAGUCUCUGCGCUUCACUAGUACACCAAUUGCACUCCGCCGAUCCGCCGUCGCCGUGCAAAGUUAACGGCCACUUCGCCCCACGUCUGAAAGCUGGAUUUCGGACACUUGCUCGGCACCUCCGCGACGACUUCCAUAAAGACUUAACAACGGGAAAGGUAAGAGACCCGCACAAACACAGAAAGAGAUCCUCUCUCGGCGUAUUGAUUGGAGUUGAAGUGCAGCUCUGAUCGGCAGAAAUGACAGCCACAUUCACAGGAAUCUUGUUUUUAUCUCUUGUCUGUUUCGCUGCUGUCAAAGUAAGCUCUAAGAAGAAUAACCAAGUGAGAUUCACUUGACCACCGAUGGAUUUCAGCUCUCUGUGCAGGCUUUUAGAUACUGAUAGUCGAGUGUUUAUGAUGGGCUAUUCCACUCAGCUAAACAGCAGCCAGCAAGGAAGACCGUUUUCAUUGAAGUGCACAGUUUUCUGCCUUCUUUUUAAACCUCAUAAACAUGCAUCAUUUCAGUUCCCCUUUGCAGCGUGACAUGAUUGUUAAUGUCAGACUACUUAAAUUACCAGCAGGGGAACCCUUCUCCCAGUCUAUUUAGAGGAUUGAGCCAUUCAUCUGGUCUAGUGUAGAGACUGGUGAGCAUUGGAGGGUGUUGGAAAUGUUUUAGGAGGCAUGUCUGGAGAAAGACAAACUUUCAUGUAUAGAUUUCCACACUAUGUGAGACUUGGCAGCAUAUACUACAACUUGAUACUCACAAGUGCACUAAGCAAACAGGUUUACAGUGUUAUUACCCUCCUGUUAAACAUGAUGUUAUCUGAGUGACCACCACCACCUGAGAUUAUGUUUGUUACAGGAUAUGGUACUAAACCAGCACAGACGCUAAAGCCUCCACCACGAUGGUUUUGACUUUGUUUUUGUUAUUUGAAUUUUUUUUUUAAAUCACCAACAUUGUGAAGUAGAUGAUUGUCGCCUGUGGGCGUUGGUGGGCACUGUCACUGCUGCAUGAUCAUUUUUUAUCCACAGCUCCCCUUUCACUGUCAUUUGACAGCAAACGCUGAGUGUGUAUGAAAGCCCCCGUGCAAACAGGAAAAACAAAGCACACAGGAAAGUCUUGGUGCUCAACCUGGUGUUUGCUCUUUCUUCUUUUUGCCUGAAUGUGCAGUCUCAGGCCGUGACUCUUUACUGUGUGCACAUUUUGAACAGGUUAUUCCAAAGCUUGAGAGUUGGUUGUCUUGGUUGUAUUCAUCUGUUUCCAGCUGCAGGAAAGCUCUCAGGGCCCCUGCGAUCAAUACUGCUGUCAGUUCAAUCAGCACGUAGUUAAUGUUUACAUCAGAGGCUGGAGGCUGUAAAUGAAAUAGCCCAUUUUGUGAUCUGUGGUUUACUUUCUUUAUGUGAACUGUUGAUGAAAAGAACAGCAGGGCAAAGGCAGAGAAAUGAAAUAAAAGCCUUUUGUUUACAGACUGAUUCACUUCUCUAAACACAGUAGUUCUAUCUUCCAUUUUUCCUUCACUUCCUUAAUAUAUCAUCACGCUGAAUCUACCUUUACUGUCAUAAGUCAAUCCUUUUUUUAAUCAUGUCAUGCAUAUGAUUAAAUUCACCCAGGUGUAGGUGAAGCAUCAAAUGCUGCAACUUAUAAUUUAUUCUUUCUUGAACAGAUAAUGAGUGCAUAAGUCACACCAGUGAAAUAUCUCCGUCCUUGCUGCGUUUUAAGUUGUGCACAGAUCUGUGGGCGAACUAGACAAUACUCAAGAUGCGUACGUGAAUUCAAGCCGUCAAAGUAUUUAGAAAGUUGUAUGACAGUGUGCGCCCUCUCAAGUCUGGGCAGGUUUGUGUGUGCGUGUGUGUUUUUUUUUUAUUCUGAACACAGCGUGGUGUUCCACAAGGCUGCCUCCACAAAAAAACCUAUUAUAUAAGUCACAUUCAAGUCUGAACUCUGAGUGAUGGGCAGUACUCGCUUUCAAGCAAGGGAGCGAGAAAAGCCUCGCCUACAUAUUCCAAGAAAUCAGUGAUUCAUGCUGUGGUGACUGUCUUUUGUUGUUUUUUCCCCCCCUUUGGUGUUUUUGCCUCAUUUGCAAUCCAUUCUUAUUGUGUUAAAAUCCUCUUGUGUUUCGAACAACUAAAGCCUGCUGCAGUUUGCAUAUCAUUUGAUUCUUCAAUUGUUAGCGUACUGUUGUAGACAAGGGAAAGCCCUUUACAACAGAGGCAUUAUUUUCAAAACGCUUAACAUAUUUGUAACAGUGGGGGUUUAAACUGGUUAUGAAACCGUGUCGGUUAUUAAAAGUACCUUUUUGUUGCUCACAAAUGUAAACCAGACCAUUAGUGAGGAGACUGACUCAUUUCUAUAGGUUUCUGAUGCUGGUUCUGAUUCUGCCAAGGCAUGCAAGCUAAGUACACUUUCUUGGCAAAGUUUUCCAGAGAGCAGGAGACGACAUGCCCAUGUAUGUACAGGUCAGGGCAAGAUCAGGAUAUUGGAUUAAAAGCAGAAAUUGACAUGACCCAGGAGUCAGCCUUCAAGUUUAUACAUGUUAUUGAUGAAAUAAUGGCUACAGAGCGACUUUAUUGAAUCUUUAGUUUAUCUGCUGCCUUUAUAUUACAAUUAAUAAUCUGAAAAAGCCAAAGAACAACUACUUAUCUCAUUACCAAAUACAAAAAGCUUCAUUGGAAAGGGGAAAACAAACUUUCCUGACAAUUGUACCUGCCGGUAAGAUCAAAAUCACGGCCCAAAGCAAUUCAAUCCUGCUUUGUUUGAAUAGCACCUCUCGUGCAUAUAAGCAUGCAGCCCAAAGUGCUUUGCAUAGAACAAACAGACAGAACAUUGACAGCACAGAUGAAACAACAUCCAACUAGAACAAAAAAGAGGAUAACUUAACAUCAUCCUUCUGUAAAUAGUCAAAAAAUGGGAAGAAAUGUAGGGAUCACUCAUUUAAAUUCAAGUCAGUGAAAAAAUUGAACCAAAUAAAUACCAGAGAGAAAAAAAACAAUUGUAGCUACAUUAAUUUAAAAUGAAGACUAAUGAAACCAAAAUAAAACACAGGUACUUUAUUCUGUUUUGCUGAUCUGAUGGUAAAAAGCAGUGACUCCCAGAGUUUGGGUGCAUGAAAAGCUCUGUUAUGAUCCCCUCUCGCUUGUAAGGGACACAUGAGGACAUUUUAAAAACUGUGUCAGGAGAUGUAUUGCUUUAAUCACAGGCUACCGAUAUUGCAGCUGGUUUAAUAAUGUAGAUCAGUCAUGACUUAUCAUCUAUAGAAAUGAUUCCCAACCUUGGGUCCAGGGUCCCUAAGGAGGGGGGUCUGAUCUCUGAGGUUGUAGAAAUUGAAUUUUCAGACAUUAACUUAAAUCAACGUAUCACAGUAGCUUGAUAUUUUAGACAGUCCCUUCUCUCUAAAACAUUCAUUUUCCACACUUCUCUCUAAGAUUAAAAUUGAUGUACUUCCUGACAGUAAUGAGUCACUUUUUCCUGUGAAGGCCUCUGGGGGGGCUCUUUUUUUCUACAAUACAAGAAAGGGGAGCUCUAAGGCAAAGAAAGGCUGGCAACCACCACUCUAUGGUAAUAUAUACCAGUAUCACAGCAUUAAGUACCAUCCUGCACUACAGUGAACAUGAGACAAUAAAAGGAAGCAGUCACAGACUGUCGCCCUAGGGACACAAAAAUGUAAGGAAUGCUUUUUCUCAGAUCGUUUCCUCACUAAGACAAAUAUUACCUCUGCUUUGUACCCUCUCGCUUUGACCUUUUGAACAAACAAUCCAUUUAUAGUUGGGGAGUAUUCCCCUGUUUAUACCAUGAGUCACUGUAGCAUCUGCAUGUAGAAUGCAAGUUAGAGUGUGGCCUCUAGUUUUGAAGGCCAAAUCGGGCUGAUGAUGUGGGAGGAGGUGGAGCUGCAGGGGGAAGACUCGCAGCUACCGACUGGGCUCCCCCCGUCUCUUGGCUGACUGCCUGUUCCUCCUCCUACCUGUUAGUCACCCGUGGCAGCACUCUGACGGAGAGAGCAGCUGAUGGAGGGAAACUCUUUCCAUAGCAACCAAGCAUGUCCUCCCCCUUCUCUUGACCUGCUGCAGUCUGCACGCACAUCAGUGAGGAGAACUGUUGUAGUUUCAGAGAGAACACAAAGACCAAAAUUAGAUACAGACUGUUGUUCAGGGAACUAGCGCAGUGUUUUCCAACCACAGAGUGACGGAGUCAAAUACUCGCACCCUGCAAGUGUUGCAAAACAGCAGAUUUCCUUGACACAAGGCGUGGGUGUUAUGACAGCUUGCACAAACAUUAGCCUGCAUGGAAAAAGGUCAUCCCCGAAUGUACCUUGAAAUGAUACUUGUAAGGAGAGUGCUGUGUGGUUGUUGACAUUGUGACGAAGGAGACUUCACAGGUUUCAUAAUCCAAAGCAGCCUGUGUAGAGGAAAGUGCCCACUGAGCUGUCCACUCGGAUCCUCUAAUUAUUUCACUGUGUGGAUUUUUAUAAAGCAGCUGCUUUGGUUGUUGUUGUUGUUUUCAGUUGAGUGGUCAAAAGUAAAGGCGGACACCAGGCUCUGAGCAGACGGUUUUUUAGAGGUUUACGGGGGAGUAGAUGCGGCUCUCACAAGCUGUUGCUACUUGUAGAACCACCUAAAUGUUUUAAUUGUUAUUUCUGUUUUUACUGCUAUUUGAAGAACCGCUAGUUGCCCACGAGUCUGCAGCCCUUGUGUUUCUAUUUAUCCAGAAAGGAUUUUAUGUUGCUGUGUUUUGUUCGAGCAGAAUUGUACCUCAAACUGUCAGUAAGUAGUGUGAAUCACAGUGAAUCAUGCUGAAUGAUUGCUACGUGACUCCCGUUAGCUCACGUAUAAAUCUUCCUUCAGUCUACACAGCGCAGCCUCUGCCACACAAAUGUUUCUAUAAAGCAACAUAAACAGAUCCCUCAUAAAGUGUUUGCCAUUUCAGCUCGGCCCAGCACUAGGCAGAGAGUCACAUUGUCUCUUUCAGGUCUUAACAGACAUUCCUUAAACCUCAUGAAAUAUUAAUACCUGCUGUGGUUAGUGGACAAAACCAUCUUUGUAUUUAUUUGCCAUAUAUAUCUUUUCUUUUCCCGACUGAAGGGGAUGCUCCGUGUUCUUACCGCUCCUAAUUCCGACCCUGCAUCAUGCAUGCAAAUCAUUAUCUAAUCAGGAAGUGAGGAAUCAGAUUACUCAGAUAGGCUCGAGAUGCUGUUGAACCAGACAAUAAUGAUGAUGAUGAUACUCAGUUGGUAAGGAGACAAAAUAGUCACUGAUGCUGCUCACGACGUCAAGCUCCAAGGCAGGAGGAAUUAACACCCAGGAGAGAUCUAAAAUAAGACGUGUGUUUUAUGGCUAUUUUCAGGCGUGUAUUUAUAGAAUAAUUAGGUCAGGUGAUCAGUGGCAGAUGGUUUUUGUAUUAUUUCUUUAUGUGUCACUUUGCUUUUGAGUCAGCGCCGGCCCACCUGAUCGACUACAUAAACAAAGCUGCCAGGCAAAGCUGCUGACCUUUGAGGGUAUUAAGAGAGGACAGUGUGAGCCUUUUAGAGCCUAAAUGCAUCCAGAUCACAUGUGAAGAGUGGGCGCUAUUACAGAUGAUUUUACUGUUUUUUUUUUUCUCUCCUCAGUGCACUCUUUGUCCUUUGACCACUCUGAUUCUAUUGUUCGGUGCUCACAGCUGUCACUGAUACCUGCACUGGCUGCACUUUAAUGUGCGAUAACACCUGCAGACCUGAGCGUGAACAACACAUUUACAGUGGAGUCCUUUUCAUCAGCCUGGGUUUAAAACUACCACACAGUCUUUUAUUCGCUGUACCUCUGUGUUUGUGGAGCUGAUGAUAGGAUAGCCUUGACGUGUUAGAUUCACUGGCCCACCUCGUAAAAUCUGUCACACUGAGUCCACUUUACCUAUCCUGUUUUAUUGUAAAAGAAGAAAUCUCUCUGUUAAACUCACAGUAUCAAGUGGGGAACUACCAGAACUGCCUCUGGGUAUUUGGUUCUGAGCCUACAAGCUGCUCUUAAAGGCCAUUCCAGUCUUAUCAUUUCCCAGGAGUAUUUUCCACAGUAUGCUGAUGAGUUUCUCCACCUGAAUCAGCCUCUCCCUCUUUGCAGUCACAAACACAUUUUAGGAUCUAUCAGCUGAGUGAAAAGACUGAUUUAUUGUUUUUCAAAGUCCAUUAACGUCGCGCGGUAAUGCAGGUGAAGUGCAGAUUGAUUUUGCCGGUCUACAUUGCACUACCCCAUCAUGGUAAUGUAAUUUGUAGAAACGCUAAUGCAGUUUGCUAUGAUGGAUGAGGUACACAACUUAGACAAAUAUUAAGAUGUUUGUCAUUCCUACCAUUACCUGCAAUCUGCGCAAACAGCCUGCAAAUGAUUUUAUUAAUGUACCAAGUCAAUCAGGUAGAAACAUGACGAGAGAAUGAGGCUUAUGCUUAACAAGUUAGGAUUGUAUGGUGGCCACAUUAGUACUCUAAAAAACAUAAAACUAAAUGCAUAUCUUGUUUCAGUAAAUGCAAAAACAACUCACAGAAUGCACAAAUAUUUGUAGAUUUUAUAAAUUGAUUUUGCAAUUUGGAAAAUGUUUUUGCAUGUCAUUAAAUAUUCAAAGGUUUGGUGUACAUAUACAAUUAAUUUUUAAACAUAUUUGGGGUUGUAGUUGUUUUCGUAAAUCUCAACUCAACUUUAUUUGUAAAGCACUUUAAAACAACCACAGCUGAAUGAAGUGCUGUACAUAAAUAGACAAAACAGCACAGACAUAAAAAACAAUCAAAAAGCAAUUAAAACAAUGGAUAGAAUAAAAGCAGAUAUUAAAACAAAUAACUAAAAACAAACCAUAAAACACUGAAACAGGAGCUGAGUCUCAUGCAGGGUUGAAAGCCAAUGAAUAAAAAUCAAUUAAAUCUUUUUGUGUUUAGUGAAAUGUUUUAUUUAUUCCUUGUAUUGCUUGUGCAGUUGACCUUUAGGGCCACCAUAGCUCUGCUGUACAGUGGCUGAUGAAAAGAAAUAGUGAAGACAUGAAGAACAGACUAUAUGCAAACAUGCAGUGAUCCAUUCUAGCCCAUAUAGUCUUGCUUUUAACUAAAUUUUAUAUUAUUAACUUUGUUGAAGUGUUUUAGCAUUUAUCCCUUUCUAGUUUUGAUGACAGGAUCAUCUUUUAUUGAGCUAUUUUGGUGCUCUUAUUUUAGUAUCUUUUACUGUUGUUUUUAUUUCAUUUUAGUUAUCAUUUAUUAAAUUUCAUUCUAGGUUACUUUGUCUUUAGAUUUUAACAUAAACCUCCAGUGUUCCCAUCAUGGGGUGGGAAUGAAGGGUUGGACUGGGGUAGAUUUGGGUAUUCUUUGUUUCUUUUAUUCCUUUUUCUGUGUAAAGCGCUUUGUGCUACAUGGUUGUGCAUGAAAAGUGCUAUAUAGAUAAAGACUGACUGAUUGAUUGAUAUAUCUGUACAUAAUCUUGUUGAGAAUUGAUAUGACAAAAAUAAUGACACAGUUCUUAAAUUUCUCAAUACUUUCUUGCAGCCGUAGUCACAGGAAGCAAAGAACCGUAAAGUCUGUAAAUUGGAUUAACAUGAACAAAUCAGAGAGCCUGUUUCUUGGUGCUGAUGUGAUAGACCUGGAGGCAAAGAUCCUGGUUUUUCUGCUAAAAUUAUCACUCAUUUUCCUUUUUUUCCGCCAUAUUUGUCAUAUUAUAACGUUUGUUUAGAUUGAUCCUACAGAUGCUGUUGCAACAUUUAACAGUUAUGCAUCUGCAAAACAAAUAACAUCAGUCAGGAUGUCUGGAUGGGCCACUUUCUCUUCCUCCAUUAACUAGUUCCACCUCUUUCUUCAAUGAUUAAUGCUCCAUACAUUUGUCUUGUUUUUCCUGUCAUCGGAGCAUCUCCUUCCAUUAUGUUUUUAACAGCAUGUUUGUCUCCCAGGAAUAUACUGACAAACUGCCAAAUGUACAUCAACUCCAUGCUUCAGGUCUGAGAACAACGUGUCAGUCUGAUUUUCUCAUAGAUUCAGAUUUCAUCCUCACUCUAAGCUUUCUAUAGUGAUGAGUCGUUUCUUAUUGUUCAGAGGGAAGGUCCCUUGACAAGCCAGUUUGGUUUGUUCAGCCUCUUAGAAAGCUUUUUAAAACACUUCACUGCACCCUGUACCGGCUAACUACUGCAGACACUUCCAGCUCCUAUUAUUUUAUAAAUCAAAUAUGGGCCAGUGAGUUUAUGAGAGGAGAUUCUGGGUGCGGAGAAUCCCCAGAGUUGAAGUGCCAUGGGUGUCUGUAGCCUGACAUAAUUUAUACUAGACUUCUGGCCCAGUUUGGAUAGCUACCUGAGUGAUUACUAAUGAAAAAUACUAAAUCAAUUCGUGACAUUGCAUCUCUGUGUAAACAUUAUACAAAAACAACAGUAUAUCUUGACUGUAAGACUUUGUUUCUAUGAACAUAGAUCACAGUAAUUGUUAGAGAACGUUUUAAAACCAUUUAUUGUGUCCUGAAGUUUCUGCUUUGCCUCUGAUAUCUCAAACAGUGGGUGUUGAGUGUAACUCUCCCUGUCAACAAUCAUGGAUUUUUCACAGCACGAGUUGGAAGAUGCUAUCUUUCGCUCCCAGCCAUGCUUUUAUGUUUUACAAAGAAGCCGGCUACCGAGCACCCACCUUUUCUUUUCUCUCUGUCUACAUCUCACUGUUUCUCUCUGCUGCGCACAGGCAGGCAGUUAGUGCAGAAGCAGGCACCAUGUCCACCCCCACAAACCCAGAGGUGAAGGAACUGAGCCCUGUCGACUUCAUCCAGCUACAGCAGUACAUUGAAUGUGAGUACAGACGGGGAGGCGGGCGGGCAGGCAGGCAGGCAGCUUUCUCAGCGCUUUACACCUCUCCUUUACUUCCACUUCCACCCACAUAUACACACUCAUGAUGAUGAUGAAUCUCAUAUCUAGAAGAGGUAGCAGUCUGCCACAAUUUUUUUUUUAAGCUAAGCAUGCAUGUCUCUUUCAUUCGUUUUCAUAUGACAGUCUCAGAAAUGUGGAUUGAAGUCAGUUGAGUGAUAUGAGGAUAUUUUGAGAGCUCCGUGAAUUAGAGUAGGACAUGUGUAUCCCUGAGUGACCUGUGUGUCUUUACUUUCAGACUGCAGCUUGAAGGUGAAAGACGUGCUGAGGGAAUUUGAUGCAGAUGGCAGUCUGGCCCGGCACAGACACGGAGAGGUGAGGGGACACUGUGUCCUGCUGCUCAGCAUCAUUUCCUCUCCUUCAAAACUCUCAUACAGCUUAGAGGCUCAUAACAGAGCUGCAUUAAAACCCCCCAGCAGAGCAUAACAGUGAGAAAUGAGCAUUUGGGUUAUGUACAAUAGGCAGUUAUUAAUUGACUUACGCUGAUUAAUUCGAUUUCAACCCAUCGAUCAGCCCCCCAAGCUGUCCGCAUGAAAUAUCGUCAGCGCGUUCAAGCGAGGUUUCAAAUGUAAAUUAACUCCUUGGUUUUGCCCACGCAGCAGGGCCUCUCAGAACAGUGUGCUGGCUGCCCUCAUGCAGUGUAAGCCCAAAUGUGAUCGAAAAGACAUCUUUCCAAUACUGUACGUCAGCAGAUGUCACUGCCAACUCAUCUGCGCAAGACGCCAAUGCUGUAAUUUCUGACCGUUAGAUUAAUCGCAUAAAUUUUGAUGAGAUAAUUGGAUGGGAGUUGUCCUUUUAAUGGGAGUAGAGACAGAUGAGCUAAUAAGACACACUCAUCAGUGAAGGUUUUUGGAAAUAAAAGAGAAAUAAUUCAGGUUUCUUUGUCUCAAAAUCUGACCGUCUUGCAGUGAUAUUGUGUAUUACUGGGGCAGCUCUGCAGGGUAUCAGAAAAAUGGAAUAAUGUCAACAAGAAAUGGGUUUGUGGUUCACUGUUAUCAAGGGAUUUUAGCUUGUUAGCCCUACAGCAUUUUAUCAUAUGAGAGAGACACAGCAGAUGGGCUAGAAUCUUGAAUCAGGAGAUUGGGGUUUUUUUUGUGUGUGUGUUGUUGUCACGUGAAAAGCAUGCAACUGUGGAGAUAUUUGUACUUAUUAAUAAUGGAUUAUGCGUUUCUGAGAAAGCUCUUGGGAUUUCAAAAGUCAUCCAACCCCCUCCUACUCGAUACUCUCAUGUGCCUCCCGAACUCAAAUGAAGCGUGUCGCUGUGGGAAAAAUCGCACAUGUAAAAUACAUCAUACUCUCACGAUGACAGCAGUGUGAUUGUAAUCUCCCGUGCUGUCAGAGAUAGAUUUGAAAAUGCAGAAGUUAACACACAUGCUGUUCAAACGGUGUCAAUACUUCAGGUUCACGCUCUUCCAUUCAUUUCAUUCCAGUGCAUCAAUGAAGAAGGCUUUCGUCUGUUUCUGAAGACAUAUUUAGAAGUGGAGGACUUCCCUGUGGAUCUCUGCCAGCGACUCUUCCGCUCCUUCCAAAACUCUGAACCCACCCAGGAAGACAGUGCCAGUGAGAUUACACACCAUGUAUUUACACAACUCACUGCCUCCACGCUACUUUGCAGCAGGGCUCUUAUCAAUUUACGCCACGGCCUAUUUGGCAUACGUUCAUUUAUCACCACACGCCUGUGAGGUACUAUUUGUGCAGAUAUGGUAACCAGAGGAUUCACAGCCAGCUCUCUUUCUUUCUCUCCUCCAUCUCUCCCCUGUAGAGGAGGUCUUUCUGAAGGAUGUGUCAUGUUACUUCUCCCUGUUGGAGGAUGGCCAGCCCAGAGACAAGCUGGAGUGUGAGUCCUUUGUUUCUAUGAUGCCCAAAAUAAUAUGAAUGUUGACUUGAUCCGUCCUCUUUUAAACUCCUCUCUCUCUGUAGUUGCUUUCAAGCUGUAUGACAGAGACGGCAACGGAGUCCUCGAUAGCUCUGUGAGUUUAAGAGAAAAUCUUACAGUAAUCUUUUUUUUUUUGUGAAUGACUAAGUCUUUUUUUGUUGUUGUUGUUUUUUUUUCUGAACAGGAAGUGGAUAGGAUUAUUGCUCAGAUGAUGCACGCUGCUGAAUAUCUCGGCUGGGAUGUGUCAGAGCUGAGGCCGGUAAGUCUCUGAGAGCUCUUUCCUCAAAUGAAAUUGUCCCACAGAUCCAUUACAGCCUGCACACACUGUUCUUUCAGCCAUGAGAGUAUUAAAGGCCUUUUUAUGGAAAACAGCGUUUUACUGCAAACUUUCUUACAUUCCUGCCAGAAUAUGGAAGUUUAGGGAUUGUUUCUUUGGCUCACCUGCUGGGACAUUAUCACUUACAGAAAAAAAACGUAUCUCCUAUGUGGAGAUUACAAAUUCACUCCUGAGGUGACAUAACAACAGGAGUGAUUUGUAUACCAGGCAUCCAAAACUGCUCUUACUCGACGAGCAGAUCAACUUCUUCUCACGCUGUUUUAGUUUCACUUCUGGGUUUCAGUGUCAAGGUGUCAAGAGUUAGAACCAAACGUGCCAAGUGCUCAGUUACCUCCUCCAGUUCAGGGUUAGAUUCUGGAUUAGUGCUGUGUCCUUCACGAACGAUUCUUUCAAAAGAACCGAAUCUUUUAAGUGAUUGUACUGAACCGAAUCACUUCCUAGAGUGAUUCGUUUCAGUUGAGCUGAAGUGAGAAACAGCAUUGCCAGUCAGCAUUGCCAGUCGAGACCGCAUGCACCAACACCUGUGGUGAACGAAUCACGCAUUGAACUACACUCUCUGGAAUCAUUUUUGUCAGACAAAACUACCUUUUUUUUUUGCUGCUAAAUUGCCACAACAACAACUUGCAUACAAUAGGACACAGCAUGUAACAAGUACUGCAUUAAACCUGCAGCACUCUAUCAUUGCAGUGGUUUGCGAGGGAACGGUGUGAACGAAUCACUCACUGACCCCAAUUUACUGAGCAGAACUUAUAGCACUUAAAACAUCAUGACUUAUAAACAAGUUCAUUUUUACAAACCUGUUCAGCUGUGUAUUAGUUCAAGAGGUCGGAGUCGCAGGCUUCUCCCGCCAACCGCUCCAUGACUCGGUGAUUUGGUGAACAAAUCUUUUUAGUGAACUGAUUCUAGUGAUUCAGUACAUCUAAAAGAACUGCCGUGCCCAUCACUGUUCUGGGUCAUAUGUGGAGAGUACUGGGGCUGGCUCUUCAAGUUUGUUUUGGUGUUUUUCCACCUCUGCAAUUUUCUGCACUCUUGAACACUGACAGAAAUCAGACAGCCAAUCGGUGCAGAGCCUCAUAAUUAUAGCACCCUUGACCACUCAGAUCACUGCGUGGAUAAAGAAGUCAGAGGAUGGGUUGUGUCCAGCUUUUUCUGUGCGUUUUAGCCUUGGCAAUCUAGGUCACAGAAAAUCGAGGUUUUCAAUUACACCUUCCUAGGUGGAUAUUUUUGAAAACUGCAUUCAGUCUGUUUGUUUGGACAGCAAAAACAAAGCUUUGGAAUAAGCUGCCAUCAUGGCCUCAUUAUGUGUGUUGUUUAUAAGUAUUGGGCAUGGGCCAAGUCUGUCCGGUAAUGGGUUUGAUUUUGUUUAACUAGCUGUUUUUUGACAUAAUAUUGCAAUGUGGAGGUAAACAAAUUCACUAAGCUCAAUAGUUUUUUUAAAACUCUGUUUACUAUCCCACUCUCUCUAGAAGACACAAUGUUCUCUGUGGUGUUAGAUUUGAAAUACUAAUUACACAGUGUUGCUUAUUUUCUGGCCUGGAGUGCUUAUGUGAGUAUUUUUAACUCUUCAAACCCUGUUUUAAAAGACUAAAGGUUUAAAAAUAACAUUAAAUGAGACCUUUCAAAUGUUCAUACAGAGGGUGGCGUUUGUUUGCUACAGAUAUCUUUAACGCCAAUAGAUAAAGUAUAUGGCAGUACUUGUUAUUCAUCUGCUAGGGCAGGCGAGAUGAUAAGCUCGGCCGCACCUUUAAAAAAUAAUUAGAUUACCAUGCAGGGCCCGGAUGAGAAAAAAAUGUGGACACCUAUGAAUAAUAUCAAUGUGUUUGCUGAUUGGAUAAUAUCAAUCAAAUGGCAUUUCUUUAGGUUCUGAAGGACAUGAUGACAGCGAUCGAUGCUGACAGCAGCGGCACCGUGUCCCUAGAGGAGUGGGUGGAGGGGGGCAUGAACAAUGUUCCCUUGCUGGUCUUGCUGGGUUUGAAGGUAAGUGAGAAGCAGAUUGUCUCUCUUUUCUAUCAGGUGUUGGCUCCAGAAGUCUAUCUCAGAUGUAUUUCAUUUUUAUAGCAGGUGUCUCACCAAGUGGUAUAAAACCUACUUUUACUGCUCUUGUGAAACUGUGGCCUUGCACGCCUCCCCGCUGUCCCCUGCCUCCUCCCCGUCUCUGAGGGCUUUUUUUGCCGACUCAGUGUUACACAGGGUGUGGUAAUGUCAUCUCUUCUCAUGCAAGCUCUGCACCAUCAGAGUGCUUUAGUGUUUUCCAUUUACUCUGCACAAGCUGUUCCCACAUUUCACUGAGUGGCUGCAUAAUAUAGCAAUCUUAAGGCUGAUGCAUUACUUUUGAAUACAGAAAAGAGUGAUAAUCAUAUUAAGUGUAUAUAUCAGACUAAAGGACUGAUACGUUUUAUGCCGUGGGUGUUGUUAAAUGAACAUAAAAGCCACUUACUGGUAACCUGCAUGUCUCUCUGAUUACUGCAUGAUCUAAUACUACAAACUGGACUCUGUCACUGGGUUUGGCCUCUGCAACAAUGCCAGGGACUUCCCCUCGGGCUAUUUCUAGCCGCCAAUGAUCAUUGGAAGCCUGGGGUGCAUGAAUUCAGCCCCCUCACAGUGACUGUGUUUCUGCUUCCCACAAUGCCUCAUGCGGUGAUUGACAGGCUGAAGCGUAAUGUCAGGGAAAAUAUGGAGUGUAAUCUGGAUAAGAGCGUCGGUUGCUCUUUAAAAAAAACAAAAAACAGAUUGGAAGCAACCAUAUAAUCUUGUGUUGCGAAAUUCAGAUUAAAGUCGGCGUUGAUUUGAAUAGCCUCGGUUCCACACUGUGUGUCACGAUGUGCAGAGCCACUAUGGACUGCAUAAUCAGCAAUCUCAUUAAGGCACGAUUAGUCAUGAGUGGGUGCGAAAAAUAACUGUGAAAUGCAGGCUUCAUCCCCAAUGUGUUAAUGAAAGGGUUAGAGCACCUUAGUCUAAAAAUGUACAAAAAAAUUACACAUAAGCGCCUCCAAAAUGUUAAAGGUAGAAACACGGAAAUUGCAGCAAACCACGCUGUUCUCUUUCUCUCAAUGACUAGGUGACCCAGAAGGACGGGCAGCACCUCUGGAGGAUGAAACAUUUCAACAAGCCGGUUUACUGCAACGUGUGUCAGAGCAUGCUGCUGGGCCUGAGGAAACAAGGACUGUGCUGCACCUGUGAGUGUCCUGAGUCGCCAGAGGAGGGCGACACUGUGCUGACAUUCAUCACAUAAGAGUCGAGACAUUAUUGACAAUUAAAGUGCGACUUGCAGGUUAUAUUAUUUUACAACACAGAUACCAUCUGGAGAAAGAGAAGGUUAAUUUUUAAUCCUUUAGAAGACUCAAUGGCGCAGAUUUGGAGGGAAAGCUGUUUCAGUGAAGCUAAAAAAAACACCUUUUUUUCAACAUCCUGUCAUAUUGUCACAUAAGGGCUUCAGACUCUCUGACUCUGCUAAGUCAGAAACACAAACAGAUCUGUGUAAUAUUUGCACAUCUCCUCAACUGUAUCUCCUCUAAGUUACAGUAACAAACUAGUAACCUGAACAAUUCACCCACUUGGUCUUAUUACUCCUCAACUUCACGUCUCCUCCAACCGUUAUUUCUUCUUCUUGACCUCUACCAUUCUCAUAAUUAUAGUUUGUGGUCCAUUGUAUGCACACAAACAGACAUUACCUCUCUGCUUAUAGACAAGUCUGGCAUUUAGAUCCAUUGAAAUGUUUACCAUUCGCUCGAUCAGAGGCUUUUCCUUCAUAUUACACCACAUUGCAUUUUCUAUUUUCAAUGCAAGAGUAAAAUAAAACUCUAAAAGUGACUCUAGAAGUUACUGCAGUGUAUUAAUUCUUAAUUUUGUUGCAGAGAAACCUUCAUAUUUAUUCACUGGGGUCUCUAACCUACAAGAUUGUAUAUUCACCUUUGUGUAGAUUCACACUUCAUCUGGGUUAUAUGUCGUCUUCUGCAGGCUGUAAAUACACAGUCCAUGGACGCUGCGCUAACAGGAACCCGGCCCCCUGCACCAAGACGUAUGUGAAGUCUAAGAAAGAAACGGGGGUAAAGUGUCUCCAUGACCGCAUUAAUAUUGACACUCACGGCCUAAAUAAGAUGUCGUCCUGUCUCUGAGGCCUCUCAUGUAAACGUUGAAUCACACAUCUCAGGUUCCAGCGCACGACUGGGUGAGUGGGAACUGUGACUCGAGGUGUGAUAAGUGCCAGAAGAAGAUCAAGAGCUACCAAGGCUUAACGGGCAAACACUGUGUGUGGUGCCACACGAUGGUGAGGAGGCAUCUUCAUCUGUGACUGAUUUUUGUGAAGUAUAGAGGUUAAUACUUUCUCUGCAGCGAAGAGAAAAUGUUCUCUUUAAUCCUCUGGCGUGUUUAGGCCCAAAUUCACCCUGUAAGUCUUUUUUUCCCUCUCAUCCAUUUCUCUAACUUUCCUGUCUGAGCGGUAAUUAAAGCAGAGAUGGAAAAACCCUUUUAAAAAAAAGACAAAUUCGGAUCUUGUUAAAGGUCAAAGCUGUUCAUGCUUUAUGUAAUCUGUCACUGUUUUUGUUUAACAGCGUCACGAUGAAUGUGCCGAACUCGAGCCGACGGAGUGCACCUGUGGGCUGCACAGAGACCAUAUCCUGCCUCCAUGGGCGAUAUACCCUAUCAUAAAGGUACAAAAGUAUCCUCAAGCAACAUGUGCGGUACAAACGCCGCCUGUCACACCAACACAACAAGAACACAACAUCAGCCGCAGGAUGUUUUUUUGUUUUUGGUAAACCGUUCUCACCUGUGCGGUAUUUUGACGGCUACAGUGUGUACAGAUUUGUCUUCAAAGGCGAGAAAAGCUGACACAUUUCUCCUCGUGUAUUCACUCUGAGUCUUUGUUCUGAUCCCCCAAGGAAAGACCAAACAAUGUAAAGAACGGCUGCUCCAGCUCGGCUGAUGAUAGCGAGCUGAAUACAACUCCUGAUGGACAAGUGCUUCAGGUAUUCAUUACCCAAAAAGUGCCUUUUAUCAAGUCUUUCUUUAUACCCGGGUGUGAUAAUUGCGUUGUUUUUCCAUCAUUUCACAGAUCAGCCCUGUGCCAAACACUCAUCCUCUUCUAGUGUUUGUCAAUCCUAAAAGUGGAGGCAAACAAGGAGAGAGGUAAGUCCCGAACAGAACGUCUAAUAGAUGAAAUAACGUCUUUUACAAACACUCUUUUCAGUUUGUUUUUCUAUAUUUCAGAGUCCUGCAUAAAUUUCAGUAUUUACUGAAUCCACGGCAGGUUUACAACCUUUCAAACGGUGGACCAGGACCAGGGUGAGUACCAACAGACUACACUCAGCGUGAAAAAGGAAAAUGUGAUUAAAAUACACAAGCCUAAUUAUAGAGAACUUUCACUCCCUGAAUCCAUCUCUUGAUAUCAUUCCCGUCUUUUUUUUCUCCUUCAGACUGAGCUUCUUCAGAAAUCUGCAGGAUUACAGGAUCUUAGUGUGCGGGGGAGACGGCACAGUUGGCUGGAUCCUUGACGCAAUAGGUGAGAUAGUUGGAUGAAGUGCUGCAAAAGACAGACGUCAGCUUCCAAAAAUCACUAUGACGCAUUUCUCUCUUUUUCCUUUCCCUUGGAAUCAGACAAAGCCAGUCUGCUAGUGCGGCCACCUGUCGCUGUGCUUCCUCUUGGCACAGGAAAUGACCUUGCGCGAUGUCUGCGAUGGGGAGGAGGUGAGAAACGAACGAUGCUAGAAAAAUUUCCUGAUUCUGGAAAUAAUGAAACAGUUUGCGGCUUAUCUUUUGUUGAGGAGUCUUCAAAUCAUUUAUUCUGCAAUGUUGCACAUCAGAACACGAAUCAUGUAGAGUGUGUGUUUCCUUUUUGAAGGUUAUGAUGGCGAGGAUUUGAGCCGUAUUCUUAAAGAUAUUGAGGGGAGCUCUCAGGUGCUGAUGGACCGCUGGAGUGUUCAGGUUAUCACAGAUGAGAAUCAAGAGAAAGGCGAUCCGGUGCCGUAUGAAAUCAUCAACAACUACUUCUCCAUCGGAGUUGUGAGUUUGUCCAAAAUAUUAAACACAAGAGAAAGUGAUUCUAUUUCAGUUUGGCUUCUAUGAGUCAUUUUUGUGUCGUGGUGUAUUGACAGGAUGCCUCCAUUGCUCACCGGUUUCACACAAUGAGGGAGAAACAUCCCCAGAAAUUCAACAGCAGGUACGCUUUUAUCUUUUUUUUAUAUUUUUUCUCUUGGACUUCUCUUCAAAAACACACCAACAAAGAGAGAAACCUCUCACCAAAACAUAAAACACUGCUCCAAAACAAACAAAAAAAAAGCAGAGCUGGGGAGUGAUGUUUGAAUUUUUCGACCUCAGUUUUACUUUCAUUUUCCCUGCUGGCUGUAAUGUGUUUUUUUUUUAACAAACCUUAAAAAAAAGCGAAUGCAGGUGGCGGCAGCAGGUGUCUGUAGCAGCAAACAUUGCGGCCUGACUCCUCCUCCUUCUUCUGAAGAGCUGUGUGCUGAAAGCAUAAAAUGUUCUGUGAAAAUGAAAUAUCACUCCAAGCCGAAAAAAAAAACGGACUCUUUUCCCCGACUGCAGAAUGAAGAACAAGCUGUGGUAUUUCGAAUUCGCCACUUCAGAAACCAUCUCUGCUUCCUGCAAGAAACUGAGCGAAAGUCUGACAAUUGAGGUGAGAAAGCUGAAAUUCUGUUACUACGACUGCAAGUUCUGUUUCUGUCUUCUCUAAUGUGUUAUUCCUUUAGUGCUGUGGUACUCCUCUGGAUCUCAGCGGCCUGUCUCUAGAGGGCAUCGCUGUCUUGAACAUUCCCAGCAUGCACGGCGGCUCCAAUCUAUGGGGUGAGACCAAAAAGGCCGACUCGAAGGGUCUGGCGAAUCAGGAAGAGCCUGAAGUGAUCGUCGACCCAGAAGUCCUGAAAGUGACCUCACAAGGUAUUUUGUCUGGGAGCGAAGAAGAGGGCAGAGGUGGUCGAGUAAAAAAGAGAGAUAGAAAGAGAGAAAAAGAGAUUUUUCUCAUUAUUUCACAGCAGUUAGGCUCUAAAACACAUGUUCACACCCACAGAUGCACAGGAAGGCGCAGGAUUAUCUUCCUGUCUGCUCUGUAUGUGUCUUUACUCCGCCCACCAUCACAAGCAGCCGCUCCACCGCUGUUAUCACUCACAUGUUGGCAAACACUGAUGUUCUUUGAAGUCGCUUUGGCAUCUCGUGAAGAUACAGGCAUUGGGUUUAUCUCCGAGAACAGAGGGGGAAGAGACAGUGAUGCCACCUGUGUUCCUGCGCAGAUGUAUCUUGACUAACUAGAAUAACAUGAAAAGUUGUGUUUCUUAUCAUGGUAAAUCAUGGUAAAUGAGCCUCAACCAAGUAUAAAGAGUGUAAAUGAAAGUAAUCAUCAGAAUUUGGGCAUUUCUGUAUUCAAGUUCAGAAAUUUUGAGUUUGAUUUUUUCUGAACUGUAACUCAAUAACUCAAAAAUCUGUUUGUUGCUGUGGUAGACAACAGAUUUUAAUAUUGCAUGAUUUUCACUGGUUUCAUAUUAAAAUUCAGAGUUCUUGUUGUUUUAGUUUUUACAGUCAACAAACUUCACUGGGGACAGAACCAAUUCUUGCUACAGCAGGUAGAUAUUUUUAACACAGCUGUCCAAUAAAACUGCUGCCUGUCCAAUAAAGCCAGAACCUGUCCAGCGGUAAAUGGCUGACAGGCCAAAACAGAGCAUAGGAAUGCUUACAUAGUACUAACAUUAGUCAGUUUGACACUAACAAGACCUCAAAUAAAUGCCACCGCUCCUCCGUGUCUGCCACUACCAGACUUGUGAAGAGGAAACUGCAGCCUGUGUAAUUUAACGGGGUGACAACACGCUUUGUCUCCUCUAAAUGGUCUGAAAAUAAUUGCUGCUGGAAGAGGGUUGGUCGCUUAAAUGUGCUAAUACAUCUAAAGGGAACUCAGUGAUGUUCUUAGGUUGUGUAUUAUUCUUCUGAACCUGUUUGAGUACUUUUCCUGACCACCUGAGGGCAGCACAAACAAGGUCACACUUUAUUUUAUUUUUUUAAACCUGAGUUUCUUAUCUGUCAUAAAAGAAAUGAAUAUUAUUCUCUUACCUGCUUCACAUCAGCUUUGUCCGUUUACUUUUAGGCUGAGCAUGUUGAGCUCACCUGGCACAGCGAAUCUAUUUAGUUUAAUUUAAUUAAAGUUGAACAAAUUACACCAAAGUUAGUAUCUUUCAAGGGCUGUGCUCACGAUUGUUGUCUUUGAACACUGUCAGCGCCCACAGCCUGAUUUCAGAGGGCUUCUCACGAGCGUUUUACUGUUGCUAGGUAACAAAAGUUGUCCCUGUGCGGUCUGUUUUAGACUGCCUCAUUUGCUUCAGUUUGCGCUAUUUUAUCAGCAUUUUUAUAAGGAAAUAAAGGAGACAUGGAAGCUGUAUCUCUAAAAUACAAGUGUGGUUAGCUUUCUUCUUUACACAGGGCUUCACUGUUAUUGUUAACAUCACAACGUAAAUUAUAGAAGCCCCAGCCCUUCUUGCCUCUGAUUGGUCAGUGUUGAAGCGCACGCCAUGGUAACACAAAUCAGAUUAUUUCAGUGUUUAUUUUUCAUUCUUUUCUGAUUUUAGGAUUGAAGUUUUUGUUUUUGUGUUGCAGUCACGAUUGCCCUUUACACCAGCAAUACCAAGGCACCUAAUUAUUCACCCUAACUGCUCAAUCCAGUCGUAAAAUACAAAUAUGAGCAAGUAGAGCAAUAUUAAAGCGCCAGUAAUGGUUUAAAUAGCAGUAUGUGUUUUUAUAAUGGGUCCAUUAUUGUCUUUUUAAGCCUGGUCAUAAAUGUCAUGACUGUAAUUAUGGGGGUUAUCUCAGUCUUAGUAAUGCUUUCCUUCUAUGUUAAAUAUAUCUCAGAUCUCAGUGAUCGUCGGUUAGAGGUGGUCGGUCUCGAAGGAGCGAUGGAGAUGGGUCAGAUCUACACAGGCCUGAAGAGCGCCGUGAGGCUGGCCAAAACAACACAGCUCACCAUCAGGUGAGAAACAGACAUGUUCAGACUUGCCAGGCUUUGAGUCUUUAGUCUUGACAAUGGCUUUGAUGACCUGCUGAGGAUAAUACUUCACUGCUACUUAACAUAACAACAAUUACUGGCUUUCUUUUGGUAUUUUAAUGACACAUUAGGGUUGAUGUUUUGUUUGCUGAAGCACUUUGUUGAUCCUUCUCUUCUUUACCCUCAGGACCAAGAAAGCCUUACCGAUGCAGAUAGAUGGAGAGCCGUGGAUGCAGCCGCCCUGCACGGUAUAAAACACACAGAUGUAGUUUUCUCUUAACUAAAGACAAGGAACACAAUUUACAUAAAAGCAAAUAUCUCUCCUAAACUGUUUAUUGAAUUCUUAUUUUCAGAUUCACAUCACUCACAAGAACCAAGCCUGUAUGAUGAUGGCUCCUCAGGCCAAAUCAUCUGGAUUUUUCAAGUAAAGCCCACCGCUCAGAAGCAGCCACAUGCACUCUGAUUUCAUGUACAUAGAAGACUGACACUUUCCUGCAUGUAUGUGAACAUGUAACCGAAGCAUAGCUCUGUAUGAAUAGAUAUGUCUGCGCUGCGGCUAAAAUGACCAAAUUAACUCUUUGUUCUUAUCAAUACUCGACACUCCUCGCUGCCUCUGUCUCUCUGCUUCCGUUAGUGGAAAUGUUGCUCUGUAGGAACUCUUAAUGGGUUACAGUAAAGCGAAUAUCAUGCUAAAGAAGAAUAUCCAGCUUAAUGUGCCUUUACAAUCCAUUCUUUAUGUUAUUGCUUAAGUAGAGGACUUACAGAGCGUUUUGUAGGCAUGCACUAUGGGCAUAAAACCAUGUAGUAUUUUUGUUUUGUUGUGGCUUUUAAGGAAAAUAUAUGUUUCUCUCUGUCUGUAACCAGAAAUGAAGGACUGAUAAUGUAAUAUCCAGAUUGUGGCUAAAGCAAUUUUACCUUUUUGUACAUUUCAGAAGAUACUUGAAAGUGUUUUUGGGAACAGUGAUAGGACAAUCAUUGCCAAAAGGGGCUGCAUGUUGAUCUGAUGCAGCAUGCCUAAUCUGCUGUUCCUGCGUGUGAGUGUGUGUAUGAGUGUGGGUACGUGUGUGCAAAGGGGAUGAAAAAUGCUGUACAUGUUUUGCGUGACAAGCUGAGAAAUGUUCACUUCUAACUUAUAAAUUGCAGAUCAGUCAGAUUUGAAGUUAUAGGUUUAGAUUAAAUGUACGUAGUUCUUAUUUAAAAGCUCUUACAGUCAAAUCAUUUCAGUGUAUCUGGAUGAUGUUUGUGUAAAAUGCCUGAAAUUACACAGUGAGAUUUUAAUAAAUCAUCUGGACUUCAUUUUA